AUGGCUUCUGGAAGCGAGCGAAAUAUCAUUAUCAUCGGAGGCGGCAUCAUUGGGUCGUGCUCUGCGUAUUAUCUGACGAGACAUCCAUCAUAUGAUCCAGCCCUGCACAAGAUUACUCUGCUCGAAGCCUCGGAAAUCGCUGGAGGCGCGUCCGGGAAAGCGGGCGGUCUUCUCGCACUGUGGGCGUACCCCAGCUCUAUAGUCCCACUGAGUUAUAAAUUACACGCUGAACUGGCCAAGGAGCACAAUGGCAAAGACAACUGGGGCUACCGGGAGGUCAACUGUGGCCAACUAAUCGCGAAAGGUCGCGCAGUUGACGCUAAGGACACAACCACCUCCGGCAACUCCUCGGUUUCCUUGCAAAAACGAGAUGCAACUGCAAUCGGCAAGCUGAGGGCCGCCGGCAUACCGACAGAUCUGGAUUGGCUACUGUCCGAUGGACUUCGAGGCUACGAAAGUAUGAGCGGGCCGGGCGAGACAGCGCAGGUGCAUCCGUAUCAAUUCACAACCUCCAUCGCCAAGCUGGCUGAAGAGAAGGGAGUCAAGAUUAUUUUAGGAAAAGUGACAGAAAUUAAAGAAGAAGCACGCACCGUCAAGUCCGUCACGUAUACGGAUAAAGCGUCCGGAGAGUCGCACACUCUGCCCGCGACAGAUAUCAUCGUUUCGGCAGGCCCAUGGACAAAAGCCGUGGUUCCAAAUGCGCCUAUCAAGGCCACGCGAGCACAUAGCGUGGUCAUUCGGCCGACACGGCCUGUGUCUGCAUAUACGUUAUUCACAAACAUCGAAUUGCCCUCAAAGACUAAUCCGAAGAGGUCGACCGUUGCGACCCCCGAAAUAUACGCGCGCCCUGACGACACUGUAUAUGCGUGCGGCGAAGGAGACCACACAGUGCCGCUACCGGAAACGUCGGCAGAAGUUGAAGUAGAUCACAGUCGUUGUGAAGAGAUCAUCGAGUCCGUGGGCAGCGUUUCGGACGAGCUUAGGUUGGGCGAGAUUGUAAAGCAGCAGGCCUGCUAUCUGCCCAAUGUUGAUACCAUAGGCCCUAGCGGUGGACCUCUGAUUGGUCACGCCAGCACCAAAGGGCUGUACAUUGCAACUGGUCAUACGUGCUGGGGCAUUCAGAAUGCCCCUGGAACAGGAAAGCUUAUCAGUGAGUUUGUAUUUGAAGGGAGCGCGAAGAGUGCGAGGAUUGCUGCGCUGGACCCCAGGAAGUUCAGUAUGUGA